UCCAUGGCAAAGUUCGGUUCCAGAAACAAAUCCUCCUUAUGGCCCUCAGAAGGUUGUUUCUUCCUCGGUGGAGCAUUAACAACUCUUCUUCUAAUUUGGGGUUUAUGCUCCUUCAUAAUCCCCAUCCCCAACAACAACCCCAAACUUAACUCCGUCGCCACCAAACUAAAAUUUCCCACAAUCCCUUCCGGCGCCGCCGAAAACUUGGCUCCCGAUUUGCUUUACGACCCGCUGGAUAGAACCUUCUACGACGACCCAGAAACGAGUUACACCAUGGACAAGUCAAUGAAAAACUGGGACGAGAAGCGCAAGGAGUGGCUGCUGCAUCAUCCUUCCUUCGCCGCCGAAGCACGUGAAAAGAUUCUCCUUGUGACGGGGUCGCAGCCGUCAAUGUGCAACAACCCAAUCGGCGACCACCUCCUCUUGCGAUUCUUCAAGAACAAGGUGGAUUACUGUCGCCGACACAACAUCGACAUAUUCUACAACAACGCACUCUUGCACCCGAAGAUGAACACUUACUGGGCCAAGUACCCUGUUAUUCGGGCCGCGAUGAUGGCCCACCCGGAAGCCGAGUGGGUCUGGUGGGUCGACUCGGACGCGGUCUUCACCGACAUGGAGUUCAAGCUUCCACUAAACCGUUACAAGGACCACAACCUCGUGGUUCAUGGUUGGAAAGAACUGGUACAACAGAAUCAUAGCUGGACGGGGUUAAACGCUGGCGUUUUCUUAAUCAGGAACUGCCAAUGGUCGUUGGAUUUCAUGGAUGUGUGGGCCAGCAUGGGCCCACAGACACGUGACUUCGAGAAAUGGGGUGAGAAGUUGAGAUCAACGUUCAAGGACAAGGUGAUCCCUGACUCGGAUGAUCAAACAGCGCUGGCUUACUUGAUAGCGAUCGAGAAGGACACGUGGAUGGAUAGGAUUUUCUUGGAGGACCAAUACUACUUUGAAGGGUAUUGGGUGGAGAUUGUGAAUACUUACGAAAACGUAAGUGAGAGGUAUAAUGAGGUGGAGAGAAAGGUAGAAGGGCUUCGGAGGAGACACGCGGAGAAAGUUAGUGAGUCUUAUGGUGUGAUGAGAGAGAAGUAUGUGAAGGAGUUAGGGAAAUGGAGGAGACCCUUCAUCACACACUUCACUGGGUGCCAACCUUGCAAUGGAAACCAUAAUCCAACGUAUGCUGCUGAUGAUUGCUGGAAUGGCAUGGAGAGAGCUCUUAACUUCGCUGAUAAUCAAGUUCUGCGAAAAUAUGGUUUCGUGCAUCAUGAUCUCAUGGAUAAGUCUGUUUGGCCAUUACCCUUUGAUUAUCCUCUUGCUUAA